AUCAAUCAGGAAAUGGCAAAUUUUGACGUUCUACUACGUUAAUUUAAAUCUAGGGAUUUAACUUUUGGUUUGGAUAAUUUAUUAUGUUGGUACCGGCUUUUGAAUAACUUUUAUUUUUUAUUUUUUUUUAAUUUAGCAGUUGUUCUAAUUAGGGAAUAAUUAGAAAUGGGACAUUAUUUGUGCCAAAAUUUUUUAAGCUUAAAUGUAAAACAAAAAAUUAUUAAUAUUAUUAAUUUAUACGUGACAUAACCUAAAUGUUGUUAAUAUUCAGGACUGUAACAAAUGCUUGUAGUAGAAUAAAUAUUUUCCAAAAGCAUCAAAGUUUUUUUGUUAAAGUUACGACAGUUUUAUAUAUAAAACGUCAAAAUAACACUUCCCAACGUUUUUGUAGCAAAGUUCUCCCAAUUUUCCCUCCUUCAAAACAACUUACAAUGAAAGUCUUAGCAGUAUUUGAUUUUGACCACACGAUCCUCGACGAUAACUCCGAUACAGCUGUCAUAGCUUUAACUGACAAAGACAACAUUCCUGUUGAAAUCCGAAGUCUGCAUUCCACUGAAGGUUGGACAGCUUUCAUGCAAGCAAUUUUCAAACUUUUGAACCACGAAGGCCGAACAAUUGACGAAAUAAACAAUCUGAUUAUGAACUUACAGCCUGUUGGGGGCAUGGUGUCCCUCAUAACGGAGUUUCAUAAAAAUCCAGCUUUUGACUCGAUUAUAAUUAGUGAUUCUAAUGCCCAUUUUAUAGAUAUUUGGCUAGAGAAGAACGACGUUGGUAAAUGCUUUGUUAAAGUGUUUACAAACCCAUCAAAAAUCGAAGAUGGGUUACUGACCAUUUCCCCUUAUCAUAAUCAAAAUACGUGCAAACUCAGCACUAAUAAUUUGUGCAAAGGGAGAGUCCUGGAGGAAUUUAUGCAGGAGCAACGCGACAAGGGUGUUGUCUAUGACAGGAUUGUUUAUAUUGGAGAUGGAGUAAAUGACUUUUGCCCCAUUUUACGACUCCACAAAAAUGAUCUUGCGUGUGUUAGAAAAGGCUACAAGUUACAAGAUCUUGUUACUAAGGCUAAGAAAGGAACGUCGUUCGAUAACUCGGGGAAGCCGCACGUAAUCCUUGCUGAGAUAUUCGUUUGGGAGACAGGGGACGAUAUUUUGAAACACCUCCAAAUGAAAUAGAGACUCGGUAUUAAUUAUUUUAUUCAGUUACAACUUUAAUUACAUUGGCACCUAAUGCUUAGCAGCCACCACGUUUCAUUCAACAACCAAAAUUAUUUACAUUUAAAUAGAAAUUUGCUUAAUUCUAUUGUGACUAUGUUGCGAAUAAAUUAUCAAAAGAUGACA